CUUCAGUGACAAGUUUAGCUCCUGCCGUGAUCAGUGCGCGUAUCCUAAAUCCCCGAACUAAGACUCUCCGCCCUUCCAAGGAUUAAUAAAGUAGUCGCUUCUCAUCCGCAACUCAAUUCAGUCCGACAUGAAGUUCAGUGCUGCCUUGGCUCUGCUGCUGAUCGCUGGUUUCGUGGCCAGCAUGGACGCUUUGCCCGCCAGGAAAAAUCGGCAAUACCUCGUUCCAGGAAUGGUCUACCUCCAGCAGCCUGCAGCCGCCGAGUGGUACGGAUCGGCGCCCCAACAGCGCUUCAUGUACAUGCAGUACGUCCAGCCCGGACGCACCCAUGCCCGCUCCACCCAGGCUGCCAGCGCCCUUGUGGCCGGUGAGACCGUCGCCACCGGAACCUACCUGAAGGAUUGCAAUCACGCAGAAUCCGAGGUCAGCGCUGAGGGUGUCCAGGCCGAUGACGUUCUGGCUGCCGCCGAUGCCCACGGUGCCAGCUCCGUGGCCGAAGCCUACCCCGACCAGGCCCCCGUAGUCCAAGUGGCCAUCGAUGCCGACGUGGUGCCUGAGCCCCAAGCCGAGUCCGAAGCCGCUCUCGAGCCAGAGACCGCUGAUGACGCCGCCAAGGUUCCUCGCGACUUCAACUUUGCUGCCGAGGAAGCCGCCGCUGCCGCUGAAGAGGAGUCCGUUCCUGUGCCCGUUGCCGAGGCUGAGCUUCCCGCCCCCGCACCCAUUGUUCCAGUGGCCCCUGUUGUGCCAGCCAACCGUUAUCUUCCCGCCAAGAAGAAGGUGAUCGUCGAGCUGGAGCAGGAGGACGAAGAGCCCCAGGCCGCCGCCAUCGAAGACGAAGAGGAGGUGGAGAACGCCGUGGCCGACGACGUUGAGGAGGACGAAGAGGUGCUGACCGUGCCCAUCAAGCCCAUCAACGCCCGUCGUCCCGCUGCAAAGAAGCCUGUCAAGGCUGCCGCUCCUGCUGCUGGCAAGCCCUCCAAGAAGCCAGCCACCCCCCUGCCCGCAGGUACCUUCUUCCCCAUUGACUUUGGAGGCACCAACGGCGGUGCCAUCGCCAUAGCCAAUUCCUUCAGCACCGGCGAGGGCGGAUCCGCCACCAGCCAUGCCAUUGCCUACGGCUCUCCCGAGUCCGCCGCCCGCCGCGUCCGUCCCAACCCCAGCAAGUUCCGCCACUAAUCCUUGGACAGACGAUCAACCGCAUCUUGCUACCGCCCUGCUUUUCCGGGGGCACCUCAAUCAAAUCAGUCUAAAAAGAUUCUCCUGUAAUUAUUAGCAAAAUUCUCCAUCUUUGAGCGCACUAAAUAAACUUUUCCCUGUUUUUACAUA